AUGGUGUCAAAUAAAACUAAAAAAUUUUUAUUGAAUUUUUUAUUUUUUCUUUUGUUUAUAGAAAAGAUUAUCUUGAAACUUUUAGAUUCAUUACUGGCUGCUAUGUCAGUUGAUUUUGGAUCGCAGUUUUUGAAAAUUGCAUUAGUUAAAGCUGGUGUGCCAAUGGAAAUUGUGUUGAAUAAGGAAACAAGAAGGAAAACACCGAAUUUCAUUGCUUUUAAAGAUGGCGAACGUUUAUUUGGCGAAUCUGCUUUGGCUUUUUCAGUUAAGCGGCCACAAUAUUCUUUCACUCACCUUGUGGAUCUAAUUGGUAAAAAAAUCGAUAAUCCAAUUGUAAAAUUAUAUCAGAAAAGAUUUCCAUUUUCCAAAUUGACCAUGAACAAUGCUGGAGAUUCGCUGCAUUUUGAAGUGGGUGAUACUAAAUAUAAUUUGGAAACGCUUUUGGCAAUGAUCUUACAAAACGCUCAGUCUUUCACAGAGGAAUUUGCUGGACAGUCAGUGAAGGACAUUGUCAUUACUGUGCCUCCAUUUUUUGGUCAAGCUGAACGGCGUGCUCUUAUUUCGGCGGUGAAUAUAACAGGAAUGAAUUUGCUUCAGCUUUUGAAUCAUCAUUCGGCAGCAGGUCUUAGCUACGGCAUGUUUCGGCGAAAACAAAUUCAGGAAAAGGCAGAGACACUUCUUAUUUAUGAUAUGGGAGCCAGCAGCACUGUUGCCUCGAUAUUAGAGUAUAGGCUGGAAUUUGAUAAGAAAGAAAAUGAAAAAAAUCCUGUGGUCAACACACUUGGUUUAGGGUAUGAUCGAACAUUGGGAGGCCUUGAAUUGUCAGUAAGGCUUCGUGAUCAUUUUAUUACAGAAUUUAAAAAGCAAAUAAAGAUGAAGGAAGAUAUAUCAAUGAAUGCUCGUUCAAUGAUGAAAAUGUUGCAUGAAGCUGAGCGUGUGAAAAUAGUACUUUCGGCAAACAAUGAUCAUUUUGCCCAGAUUGAAAGCGCACAUGAAGAGCAUGAUUUCAGACUGAAAGUUACUCGAGAACAAUUUGAAAUUCUAAUUAGUGAUCUUGAACAGAGACUUGUAAAACCGAUCAUAGAUGCUCUACAAAUGGCUGAAAUAUCCAUUAAUCAAAUAGACCAGAUAGUUUUGAUGGGUGCAAGUACGCGUGUGCCAUUCGUUCAAGCCGCUGUUCAGAAAUUUUUGAAAGAAAAAGAAAUAGGGAAAUUUUUAAAUACAGAUGAAGCAAUAGCUAUGGGAGCCGUUUAUCAAGCUGCACAUCACAGCAAAGGGUUUAAAGUGAAGAAAUUUGUCGUCAAAGAUUUGCAAAUUUUUCCAAUACAAAAUUUUCAGGUUGAUUUUGCGAGUAAUUCAGACAAAUCUACUGAGAGCCGUAUUGUUCAUAGGUCUAUAUUUAGCUAUAAAAGCUUGUAUCCCACGAAUAAUAAAAUUCUUUCCUUUUCAUCUUUCAAAGUCGAUUUUCCAUUUAAUAUCAGCUAUGGUGAGCUGAAACAUCUUAGUGAUGAACAAAGAAGCGAAUUUGGUUCUAUGGUUGUAAGCAAUAUAGAAUUAAGUGGUUUAAAGGAUGCAGUUGAUGCUGAAUUGGUCAAAGAUGGUACUAUUUUCAAAGGAGUGAAAACAUAUUUUCGAAUGGAUGAUUCUGGUAUUGUGCACAUAGUCGCAGCAGAUUUGGUGAUUGAAAGAGGACCAGACGAAAAAUCAACGUUGUCAGCCAUUGCUGAUAAAAUUACUGGUCUUUUUACGUCUGGACGUAACGUUGAUGACAAAGAGGAAAAAAACGAGGCAAUUUCAAAAGAAGAUCAAACACGAUAUGAAAAAAUGGAUUCAAAUGCAGAAGAUUUUCAACCAAAUAGUAAAGAAAAUAUGACCUUAAACGCAACGAAUAUAACCGAAGAAAAAAUUAUUAAGCCAAAGGUUAUAAAAAUCCCACUGAAAUUGUAUGAGAGGCAUCAAGAUUUCAUUGGACUUUCUGAUAGUGAAAUCCAUGUUGCCAAAAAAAGGUUAACAAUUUCAUUGGAUGAUUUUGCGGAUAAAGAAAGAAUGAAGGUAGAACGAGAAGCUGCAUAUCAUUCAAUUGAAUCUUUAGUUUAUGAUCUCGCAUAUAAAUUAGAACAAUCAGAAUAUUUGAUUUUUGUUACUGAGCAAGAACGGAAGGCUAUCAACGACGAAGUUGCUCGAAUUCGUAUUUGGCUUGAAGAUGAGGUUGGCGUUACUACUAGUACUGAGGAAUUUAUAAAAAAACGUCGAACAUUGGAUAAUUUACUGAAGCCAAUCGAUUAUCGAAUCAAGCAAGAAAAGGAUCGACCUCGUCUUCUUUCUGAUUUCGUAUCGAUAUUCAAUCAUUCAGAAUCGUUUUUAGCUCUUGCAAAAAAUCUUACCGAAAUAGGUGUUUUCACAGAAGUGGAACGUUCAACCUUAGAAAAGAAAAUAAAUGAAACAAAGAUGUGGUUUAUUGAAAAUAAUCAGGCGCAAUCUCUUUUGAAACCUACGGAUAAACCAGUUUAUACUAAUGAGGAUUUACUCGACAAAAUGUACGAUUUGGAUCGCGAAUUGAAGUAUUUGUUCAAUAAAAUGAAAAUUACGAAGCCGAAGAAAUUGUUUGAGACUGUGGAACCGGGAUCGAACAAUACUUCAUCUAAUGAAACUGUGAUUCCCACGGAUGAACUAAACAAACAAAUUAAAUUAGAUCAUGAAAAAUCUGACAAAUUGAAAGAACCAGUAGAAGUCGAUAAGAGUGAAUCGACAAAAGUUAAUACUUCUGAAGCGGACAUUGUAAGGCAUGAUGCAUCCGAGCUUUAA